CCUCCAUCUUCAAGAUCCAAGACAGACAGUUUUCCAACAUGGCGGACACAAUAUCCAUCGAAGAGACGAAUCGGAUACGGGUGUCCCUUGGUAUGAAGCCGCUACCUGUCCCAGGAGCAGCUGCCACCGGUCCCGUUUUCAAGGAAGCGUCAUCCACCCCCGCGGAAGAUGAAGGCAGUACGCUCGAGUCAAGGCAGGCCGAAAGCUACGAGAAUUACCGCAAGCUUCAAGAGGCCGAGAAAGCCAAGCAAAAACGCGAAGCAAAGGCUGAAGCUAUCAAGAAGGCACGAGAUGCAGCGAAACGAUUUGCGAAGCUUGAAGGCAAAGGUCUCGGAGAUGCAGACGAUGACGCGGAUCUAGAUACGAGAAGCUGGUUGAUAAAACAGAAAAAGAGGCAAAAGGAGAUUGAAAAGGCCAGGAAGCUAGAGAAAGAGCUGGCUGAGGCCGAAGCGGCGGCCGAGUACACUGCAGCCGACCUUGCUGGUGUGAAAGUUGGACACGAACUAGAUAACUUCCAGGAAGGCGAAGAACAAGUUUUGACUCUCAAGGACACAACUAUCGACCAAAAUGAAGAGGAAGGUGAUGAGUUGGAGAAUUUAGAACUCCGCGAAAGAGAACGCCUCAAUGAGAAGUUAGAACUCAAGAAGAAGAAGCCUGUGUACAAUCCGAACGAUAUCGAUGAGACUGGCGAGAAAAGUAUCUUGGCGCAUUAUGAUGAGGAGAUUGAAGGAAAAAAGGCCAAGAAAUUCACGCUUGAUGGCAAAGGAAGCACGGCUGAAGCGGAUGCUGCGAAUGGAUAUGUGUCACAAGCAAAACCGAAAGCAAUAAGCCUGGAUAUUCUGAAAGACGAGCCAAUGUCCGAUUAUUUGGAUAUUUCAGAAAUCAAAAUCAAGAAGCCGAAGAAGAAGAAGGCUAAAUCAACCCGCCAGAAGGUCGUGGAUGAAGAUGAUAUCUUUCCAUCGGUUGAAACUGCAGAUACACCCGUUGAGAAUGGAAACUCAAUGGACAUCGACCAGCCUGCCGGAGCUUCGAAGAAGCGAUCAUUCCAAGACAUGUCAUUCGUCGAUGACGAUGAGUUGGCAGCUUCGCUCGCCGCACAGAGACGAAACGCUCUUAAGAAACGCCAGAAAUUGCGUCCAGAGGAGGUAGCGCAACAAUUGCGAGAAGAGGCCUCGGCCCCUCCUGCGGAAAACGAAGCAGAGGAGCCAGCCGGUUUAGUGAUCGAUGACACAUCAGAAUUUGUUGCAAAUAUACAGAAACCAUCUGCGCCAGAGAGGAAAAGAAGAUCUACUUCCCGACAGGCCGAACAUGCAACUGCAAUGGAAGCAGAGUCGGACGAGGAAGGUGAUGUCAACAUGGAUCGAUCCUAUGCAGACAUCGAAGAUGAAGAAGAUCGUAAAGCCCGAAUCAAACGAGAAGAAUCUGCGCAUCCAGAUGUGACAAACAAUGGUCUUGAGGAAGAGGCAACUCUUGAUAAGGGCCUUGGAUCAACUCUGAAACUUCUGAGGGAGAGAGGCAUACUCAAGACCGAGAAUUCUGAAGAUCUUAAUGAGCAGUUUAGGAGAAAGCAGUUGUUCCUCGCCGAGAAGCAACGUUACGAGGCUGAGGCAGAACGUAAAGCUCGAAUGCAGAGAGAACGGGAUCGUGCCAGCGGCCGUCUGGACCGAAUGUCCGCUCGAGAGAAAGAAGAGUAUGCCAGGUCGCAAAACAACUAUCGUGAUCAACAAGAAUCCCGUCUGCUUGCGGAGCAUUUCAACAAAGAAUACAAGCCGAAUGUGACAUUGAAGUACAUUGACGAUUUUGGCCGAAGCAUGAACCAGAAGGAGGCGUUCAAGCAUCUAUCACAUCAAUUCCAUGGCAAAGGCAGUGGAAAGCAGAAGACAGAGAAGAUGCUGAAGAAGAUCGAGGACGAGAAGCGUCAACUGGCUCAGAGCUCCCUGGACGGCAGUCAGAUGGGUGGCAUGAGCGGAGCUACUGCGCAACAACUCAAGAAGCAGAAACAGGCCGGUGUGAGAUUGGCAUGAUUACUGGGAAGACGAACUGGGCGUACGAUGGAUUUGAUAAGACUAGAAAAGGUGCAACCUCCUUACAUUGUUGUACUUAUAAUUACUCAAUGCUGACAAAGUUAUGAGAAGAG